CAUCUGUGGCGACUGGCCGCCUUGUUAUAACAUGGCGUUAAAUAAAAUACAAUUACUUGUUUUAUUGUGCGCUGCGAUAGAAAUAUUCGCCGGCGGCAGAGGCACUACGCCCUUGAUAAAGAAUGUACAAAAGGGCGGAGUGCACUUCGAAGGGCCACAUUGGGCGGAGGACGAGAAUGCCCUAUACUGGGUCGACAUACAAGCCCAGAAAACUUACAGACUGGACUGGGCUUCCGGCAACAUCACUUCUAAAACUAUAGAAUACGGACCAGUAAGCUUAGUUGUGAGAGUGAAAGACUAUCCAAAACUGCUGCUCAUUUCUGCGAGGUCAGAACUGUAUUUUAUGCCUUGGGAUGGGCCAGAAGGAGAUAGUUCUCUGAGACUACUGAGUGUGGUAGACCUUGGGCUUCCUGACAAUAGAUUCAAUGAUGGAAAAGUCGACGCUAAAGGCAGAUUAUGGGCCGGUACAAUGGGCAAGGAAACCGAUGGUGAAGUGGACCUAGACCAGGGCUCCCUGUAUCUGGUGACACAGGAAAACCAUCUACACCCCAAGGUUGUGCUGAAACCCGUCUCCGUGUCCAACGGCAUCGCAUGGACAGCGGACAACAAGUACAUGUUCUACAUAGACACACCGACCCGGAACAUUGAUGUGUUCAACUUUGAUUUGGAGACUGGGAGUAUACGUAACAGGAGAACACUGUUCAGUUUUCAAGCCAACAAUAUAACCGGCUUACCCGAUGGUAUGACCAUUGAUACUGAUGGAAAUCUCUGGAUUGCCUGCUUUAAUGGAGGCCAGGUCAUCAAAAUAGAUUCAAGAGCGGGAAAACUGUUGGAACAGCACAAACUACCGGCCAGUAAAGUGACAUCCGUGAUGUGGGGUGGUUCUGACUAUUCCACGCUUUUCGUCACCACCAGCAAAGUGGGGUUAAACAGUAUUCAGUUGACCCAGGAGCCUGAGGCCGGCUCACUCUAUGCCAUAGAAAACACUGGUUGUAAAGGACUCCCGCAGAAUCAAUUUGUCUUUACAAAUGCUGAUAAAUAUUAGUUGUAUCUUCAUGUUUUUAAGUAAAAUUGGCAUUAUUUUUGUUGAUAUUGUCAUUGA